AUGCAGUUAGAGGUGGCUGAAGCGGCUUCAGACAGAUUGUAUCCUGCUCUGUUUCAGUGUUUUACUAUUAUUUUAAGUGGGUAUAUUGCUGGCAGACUCAAUGUUGUUUCAAAAUCUGAAUCCAAAGGCAUUGCAACAUUUGUUGGCACUUUUGCUCUGCCAUCACUUAUAUUUUUAUCUCUGGCCCAACUCAACUUCAGUAUUGUAAAUUGGACAUUUUUGCUUGCAAUGUUAUUAGCAAAAGGGAUUGUAUUCUUUGCCGUUGUGGUAAUUACUAUAUUUGUUUCAAAGCCUAUGAAUUUGGGACAAGCCGGAAUGUUUGCUAUAUUUUGUACACAAAGCAAUGAUUUUGCUUUAGGAUAUCCAAUCAUCAAUGCUAUUUAUCAAAAUACUCAUCCAGAAUAUGCACUGUACCUUUAUUUGAUGGCUCCUAUAUCUCUUGCUAUACUUAAUCCAAUUGCUUUUGUCUUGCUGGAGAUUAAUAAACAGAAACAAGAUGAUACAAAUGAGGAUGGAAACUUACAAAAUCAAAAGAUGUACAUACUAAAGUUGAAAAUGCUGCUUCAAAUUUUGAAAGGAAUUAUUUUUAAUCCAGUGUUAGUGAUGACAGUCCUUGGCAUAAUUGGUAAUAUAAUUUUUAAGCAUAAACUGUCCAUUUACAUUGAAGGGCUCUUAGAGGUUUAUGGCCAAGCUUUUACUGCAUCAGCCCUUUUCUUACUUGGGUUAAGAAUGGUUGGCCAAGUACAUCGAUUGAGGGGGCCAGCACUGAUUGUCCCUUGUGUAUUGAUUAUGGUGAAGUUAAUUAUAUUACCUGUUGUAAUGAGAGAGUGUGUCACGGCGCUCAAUGCUGGUGUAAAUGAGACAGAAACAUCAUCCCUAUCUACAUAUGCAUUCCUGUAUGGAACUAUUCCAACUGCUCCAGCUGUGUUUGUGUUUUCAAAUUUAUACCAGUUAGAAAUGGAUUUGGUGGCUUCAUCCAUGGUUAUUUGUACAUUCCUAUCGGCGCCUAUUACAUUCCUAUCUGCUCAAGUAAUAACAUUAAAUAAGGACUUUGCUGGUCAAUUAAAGAAGUUUGGCUUUGACCUUUCUAUAGUGGCGAUAUUUGCAGCGAUGUGGAUAUUCUUGGUUUUCACAGUCACAAAAAAAUAUAAAAGAAUGCCACACAGGAUAACAUUUUGUUUGAAUAUUACACAGAUAUUAUUAGCUGCCAGUGUCAUAUGGGGUGGUCCACGUGAAAAUUAUCCGCCGUCUUGGCAAUAUAUCUUUCAACAAGCCUUGCAAAUAUUCAGCACAUACUCCUGUUUACUCUGGACUUGCAUGUUGUCAGUUGGACUACUAACAUUAGAGAGUCGCGGGCCCUGUUUCCUUUUGACCCUGUGGCCAGUGCUGGCGUUCGUUGCUUGGGGCGCCCCUGCGGUAAUGGUCGCGAUAUUGAUGGCAACCAAACCCGCUGGUGGCUUUGUGGAGAGCAGUUCCACUGACGCCAUACGCUUAUGUCUGCUAGUCUUCAGCUUAACUGUGACAUCGGGCUGUUUAAUUCUAUACAUACGAUUCCGUCGACGCAGUUCACAUUUUGCCGCCUUGUCUGAUGAUCUGGCCUCCAGUCCACCGGAUGAAUCCACUAGUCUUGUUGAAAACGCUGAACCUAUAUCACACUCUCAGUCCACAUCUAAUAUGGGUUGUUACGGGGCAAUCACGGCCACUCCAUCUCCCAAUAAAAAUCAUAAUGGGUGCUGUACCAAUAAUCCGAACUGUGAAAGUGGUUUCAUGAAUACAUCUUCACGUGACAUUGAGGACAUGACCAAUGAAAAGGAUUGUGCUUGUCCACCAUCUCAGAAACACCGUUGUGGCGCUGCGGGUCCAUGUCAGUAUCUCAACGAACUGGAGCAAGCUGCCAGCCAACUGGGAAUGUUGCCGCCCGAACAUACGCGUGGCAGAGGCGGACAGCUGCUGCGGCAUAUCGUGCUUAUUAUUGCUUAUAAUCUCAGCAUGUUCAUCGGAGUGACGUAUAUCACUUGGAGAGUAUUAAGGAAAGAUGAAAGUGGAGUAUUCAUUGAAAUAGAAUUCUUUGACAUUGCUGUGAAUAACGGGCAAGCUUUAAUUAUGUUUGUUCUAUUUGGGCUCAAUCCGCAGGAGAUCUUACUGCCUGCCAUCAGAUUCCUGAAAAACAGAUGGCAUGGCGAGGACACGGUAAGGCUGCCUCCUGUUGAGGAGCUCAGCUUUGAAACAAAGCACGUCUGCGAGCAGUUUAUCACUCACCACCUAUCUCGCUGUGAGGAGGCUAUAGCUAAGGAUAUCAGAUGGAGGAUGCGUACAUACCGAGGCGUAUUCAGGGGCUCGUGUCUUGUUCGUUGGCUCAUAAGCUCUGGUCUCGCGAACGACGAGUAUGAGGCUGUUACUUAUGGACGACAUUUACUCGACGGGCGACUCAUUUCACACAUCAACAACACGUAUCACUUCACAAACAGCCCGUUGUUGUACACGUUCAACUAA